AUGCGCACCAUCUAUUCGUCUACCUUCGCACCCAGUUUCAAAGACCAGGCCGGGAAACCCGACUUGGGAGAGGAGCUAUCCGAUGCACUCGAAUCCGACUUCGACUUUAUGGGCAAGCAUUACUUUGCACGUGCCUACCCCGACUACGAAAUGUUCGAAUACAAGUAUGGCGAAUGGAACUACGGGUGGGAAGUCACUAUCGAUUUCGGUCCAGGGACCGAUGUCGAUGGAUCUACCAAGUCCUAUGUUCUAGAUUUCCCUCUUUAUGAGUACAAGGUUUUAUGCGCCCUGGAGCGCGCGUUUCGGUCGCACUUUGGUAGGGGAGACAAGAAGGUCGUCGAUACGAAGGUUAGGGAUACAUGGGAGAUCGACGGCUCCAAGGUCAAGCUGAACGAUCGGUUUCUCGAGUGGAUCGAGUACAAGGUGUUGACGGAUGUGUGGAAGGGCCUGGGAGUUGCGACGCCAUCGACGAAGCCGCGAUGCGAACUCUACAAGUUGCUUAUCUAUAAACCAGGCGGACACUUCCAUGCUCACCAAGACACCCAGAAGGCCGAGGGUAUGUUCGCGACUGUCAUCGUCCUGCUCCCCUCGAAGUACGAAGGGGGUGAAGUGAUAAUCACGCAUUCCGGGAAGACCGAUAUCAUCGACUUCCCACACGACUCGCAAAAGGGCAUGGCCAUCAUGGCCUGGUACACCGACGUCCUCCACGAAAUCAAACCCAUCACCUCAGGCUAUCGCGUCGCACUCUCGUUCAACCUCAUCCACACCUCCCCCAACGUCCCCACCCCCACUUUGAAGGUCCCCACACAGCUCACAGAAGACGACAAGACCGCAAAACUGCAGGCCGUACUCGAGAAAUGGGCGAGAGAUGGGUUUCCCAAGAAGGAGAUAUUCCAUGCGGGAAAGGGCUAUCACCGCUCCGCCGCAAACCCGCCGCCAUUCUUUGCGUACAUCCUUCAGCACACGUACAGCCAGCGCGAUCUUGCCGGUGGGAUGUCGUGUCUCAAAGGCCAGGACGCGCACAAGAUCGCACUUCUCCUCUCCCUCGCCAAUGAGCUCGGCUUCAAACUCGCCUUUGCAAACCUCGACAUCAAGGUCAGGGGUCUUGCGGAUGAUUACGAGAGAUACCAGGUAUACUGGGGGAAAAUCCGGCAGGAGAAAGAGAGGGAGAGAAAACGCAGACGCGAGGCUGGCGAGGAGGUGAACAGUGACAAAGAGGUGCCGGAAGAUGACGAAGACGGUGAAGAAAAGCGCUGGCACGGCCCUGUCUCCUUCUAUUCUCUGCUGGAAACCGACUACAUUCUCUCCAAUGUUGUCGAUCAAGAUGGUAAGACCUUUUUCGUGGAAGAUGGUAAGGAGGAUGAGGGAGAAGAAGGAGAAGUGAGGUCGAAGACUCUUAAACUGGGCGAUUACCAUGUCAUCCCGAGGGAGUCCGUUAAGGAUGAGGAACCUACUGAGGAGUAUUACAACCCAGGAUACAUGGGAAACGACCCCGGAGACUUGACCCACUGGUAUCACCGUGCCGUUGUCAUCAUCUACCUUCAGCGCGACGAAGAAGCCGUUAAGACCGAGUUAAGGGGAGAGCGUAGAUGA